AAAAUGAACUGCGUGGCAAGGUUGUCUGGGUGACAGGAGCCUCAAGUGGAAUUGGAGAAGAAUUGACUUACCAGCUCUCAAAGAUAGGAGCCCUGCUUGCCAUCUCGGCAAGAAGUGAAAGAGUGAAAAAGAAAUGCCUUCAGAUUAGCAACUUGGGUGAAAAAGAUAUCCUUGUUCUGCGUCUGGACUUGACUGAUAGAAGCUCUCAUGAAGCUGCAACCAACAGUGUUCUUAAGCAUUUUGGCAAGAUUGAUGUUUUGAUCAACAAUGGUGGACGUUCCCAACGCUCUCUCUUCGUGGAUACAAACCUGGAUGUCUACAGUGCCAUAAUGGAGCUCAACUACCUCGGUACCAUCUCUUUAACAAAGUACGUCCUGAAUCACAUGAUCCAAAGGAGAAGAGGGAAGAUUGUCACUGUGAGCAGCGUGAUGGGUAUCAUGGGAGCUCCUCUUGCCACCGGCUACUGUGCCAGCAAGCACGCUCUGCAGGGUUUUUUUAAUUCUCUUCGGCCUGAGCUGACCGACUACCCCGAGAUAAGCAUUAUCAACAUCUGCCCAGGACCGGUACAGUCUAAGAUCAUACAAAAUGUCUUCACGGAGAAUCUUGGAAAGUCCUUAGAGAACAGUGGCGACCAGUCCCACAAGAUGCCCACCGACCGCUGCGCGCGGCUCACCCUGGUGAGCGUGGCCAACGACCUGAAGGAGGCCUGGGUCAGCGACAACCCCUACCUGGCCGUGUGCUACCUCUGGCAAUAUGCACCCACGUGGGCUUGGUGGCUGACAAACAGAAUGGGCAGGAGGAGGAUACAGAACUUUAAGAGUGGACUGGAUGCAGAUGCUUCUUACUCAAGAAAGAAGAAGUAAGGACAAGCGUGUACAAAAUCCUGCUGUGCUUGUGCU